UUUCUUUAGUGUUGUGAUUGUGUGGAUGAGUAAUUUGGUUCCAUCGUCUACGCGACAGACAGCCGUCGAUCGAAAGCGAAGAAAACAAAAUUUGCAUCGUAAAUAAAUACUAUCGAUGAAAAAUCGCGAUUCUUGCCAUCGUUUGGAAGAAGUUUUGUACAAUAUCGAGUUAUCUGUCGAAGUGAUUUCAAUCUAGUAGCAAAAGUUUUACAAAUCGCUUGCUGAUUUGGUGAUAAAGUGAAUAGCGCUGGUGAAAACCUACAAAAUCAGCGAUUUAUUAUCAGGGCUAUUGGAGUUUGGAGAAGACAAUCUAAUUAUGGAUGCAUCCAGUGAGGACAAGAAAGCAGCAGUCCCUAUCAAGCAGGACCUACAUUUCGUUGCAAUCGUUAACAGUCUGCUGGACACCCUUGGAGAGAAAGAUGAGCAGCUACGCAGCACCACCGAAGCAUCGUUGAUAAGGAUUGCAAAACGCCGACAUGACGAAAUCGUAGAAGUGUUCUGCGAGUACCGCAAGAAGCACCCGAAGCUGGGAGACGCGCAAUCUUCGAUCAUAUUAAGAGUGAUAGAACACGUUGUAAUCAAUCUGAUGGACCAGAUCACCCAUGAAACAGCAUCCAAGUGCGUCGAAUACAGUGUGAACGAGAUAACGCGAUCACCGGACCAGCAGGCUGACGUUCAAACCCCAUGUCGCGAGAUUUUGGUCUCGGUUGGCCGACGCUACUGUAAGGAAGUUAUGGAUGCAUUGUCAAAGCAUGUGGAUCAACACCAAGUGGCACAUUUCAUGAUACUGUACUCAAUGGGAUCGCUGGCCACGGCCAAUAUCAUGGAGUCGAUUCCGCUGAUUAAACCCAUUUUGGGAUUCAUUCUUCCCACUCUUUCAUCUAUCAAGCAGGAUUACGUGCGUCAGUCGUACGCUUUUGCCAUCGGGCGUUUCUGCGAAGCAUUCUGUGAGUACAAGGAACACCAGCGUCUCCAUCCAAAUGAAGAAACUCCAAUGAAAACCGGAAUUACUUAUGACAUUGCUGAUGAAGUGGGAAUAGCGUACGAUCUGUUUCAAAGCCAGUGGCUUUCCUCGAGAGAGGCUAAACUAUCAUACGAAGUCCUGAACGCUUUGUCAUUCAUGUAUCCUUUGCUGACGGUAGAGAAAAUUAAUGAUGGUUUGUUGAAGGUGAUUCCUAGUACACUAUCGCUAUAUCGACGUAGUGUAGAUCGAAGUGUCGUCACACAAUACCUAGCAUCGAUCAUAAAAACUGUCUUGGCUUUGAAUUCGACGCUACUUUCCGGCUUAUCAGACAACAUAAUAGCAUCUCUUUUCGACCUUGUAUGCGUCAACCCGGACUACGAAAAACCGCAAACCGUCAAAGGUCACUACGAAGUUCUCAGGUGUUUCGAUCUGAUGGCCAACGAUUAUGGUGAUAAAAUAAUCGAUAUCCUGAUCAUUCACCUACGCAGCAACAAUGAACGCGAGAGGAUCAAGUCCUUGCUCGUGCUGACUCAUCUAACCAACACAUCCGAACGGGUCAUCAACGAGAAGCAGCACGAGAUAACGACCAUCCUGAAGACGAUGCUGACGGCGGAGCGAUCAAUCAAAUUGAAAAUGGUGCUGCUGAAGACGAUCGUUGCAUUCAUGCAACGAAGCUUCGUACACGAGAAGGAAUUCGUGACGUUUUUGAUUAGGGGCAGCUGUAAGCUGAACAAGUUCAACACCGAACACGGUAGCAAUGACGAGUAUCAGGAAUUUGUGAAAGCGUGCAACAACACGAUGGUAAUACUGUCGUCUACCGUUGGCACAAUGGACGACAUAUUGAAAAUGGAACUUCUGCAAAGUUAUUUAAGACUGGAAUUCACCGACAUUUGCAGCACGAUUGCCAAAUGUUUAGCAAAUCUGCUUACGAAAAAUCCGGACAUUAACCGCGUCCCGGAACGGCGCAAUCCGUUCGAUGAGAACGAACCCAGCGAAGACAUCAGACCGCCGAACGCAAUUUCAAUAUUCGUCCGGUCCCUGGCACUGCUGGGCAACUUCACUGAAACCAGCAGGGUGCAGAAUGUUUUGUCGUUCUUGAAAAGCUAUUGCACCAACCUGUACAAGCAUCUGGCACCUCUGUGGAACGAACGCAUUGGCAAUGUGCUCGCGGAGCUGGGUAAUGGAACUGGCAUGGACCAGAAGCGAUACGACUUGGUGCUGUUCGAUUUCCUGCAAGCAACUAUCAAGGAUGUGGAUGAGUUUAAGUUUGUCGAGGGAAUCAUUGCGGAAAUAUUCCAACAGCUGCCUCUAUAUCAACCGAUAUCAAGUAGUUCUAGUCAACCUCAGAUCGAGUUUAAAGUUCCCGUUUUAGAUCAGGAGAAACGAAUGCUGAUCAAAGUUUUGGGAAUGUGCCUUUGUCAUUCGGUGGAUGAACACCUGAUAACAAACAAGAUCGAUUUGAUUAUUGGGUUGGCCAAGUCGGAAAAGCUGGAGAAGAAUGCACCAAAUGAGGACUACGAACAGCUUGUUAAGGACCAUGCACAAGCCUUGGGAUUCGUAUCGGUUGAACACAGCGAAAAAGUGAUGAAAAAACUUCUUGCAUUGGUAAUCGAUGACGGGACAAUGAAGAAAUCCGGAAGCUUUUUCUCAAAUUUUAAUUUUAUCAAAGACACCAGCAAGGAACAUGAAACCUUCAAAACAAAGGUUUUGGUACUUCAGACGUUGAAUUUUGUGGUGACGAAGGCUCCACAAGAGAAAGUGGUUCGUCUAUUCGAUGAAACCGUGAUAAACUACUUGACGGCGCAAUUCGACAAUAAGGAACUUUUUAUCAGAAAGUUGAUCCUCAGCUCAUUGUUGAGCCUUGCCGACAUUCUGCUACUUAAUCCAAACGCUUUGCCAGAGGACCACAUGAACAAUUUCAAGAAUAAGAAUGAUCUUCUCAAAAUAUGCAUGAACAUAACGUGUGACUCGCAGAACGAAUAUCUGCCUUUAUUCCCACUGAUUCUCAAAUUGUCGACUGCCCUUAUCAAGCUCAAUGGGGAAGACGAAAACGUAGAUGUCAAUGGACUGUUGAACACUGCCUGUUUCUAUUUCUUCACAACGGCUCAAAAUCUGAAAAGCAAAUUCGAUUCCAUCGAAGAGGACAAUCGAAACAGCUAUCUGGCAAAGUAUCUGAACCUGUCCUUACCGGAACUAAAUCAGUUCAUCAAAUCCAUUUUGGAACAGCAAAAUGGCUCGCCAGCCUGUUUGGACGACAUAAACUCUAUCCUUGAAAUUUGGCUCAAAGACCGAAAUAACGAGGUUCGCAUCUGUGCUGGCCACGUGUACAACAACACACUGGAAAUCUACAUGCGAGCAAUGAAGAUUGGCUACGAAGCACCGUCAAAGUUCAACCAAACUGGAAGCCUUCUGGGGAAAAUUAUCCCCCGUUGUAUCGAUUCGAAUGCCACGGUUCGACAGACGGCCAUCGAGGUGCUGAAGAAGAUCCUGGAGAUAGCUUGCAUCUAUGAAACGUUGACAAUCGCGGAUAAUCGCGUAGAUUGGGUGAAAGAGCUCGAUCAGAUUAGGGACGAAAUUGUGACGGACGAUGCCAAAGAUAUUUAUCGUAUUGCUGAACGGUUGGCGAACAUCAUCGCACAACGUCUGUCGAGCUAUCAGUACGUGCAGUUCAGUAAGUGUUUGCUGUACAGCUUGAACGAUCCGGAACAAAGCUCAGCCAUCGGGGCUUCGGUGGUUUUGAAAUUUUUCAUGCAGGUCAAGGGAGCUGAGAUGUUCCACGCAAUUCCGGAGCUGGUGAAGGAGUGUCUUUAUGCGGUGAAAAUUUGCGAAGUUCCAAGGGCGCGCUCAGGUGUUCUGAAAUCUAUGCUGGCGCUCACCAAGCAUCACCCAAAGCUAGUGUGCAAUGAAAUUCUAGGGCAGAGCUUGCCCUUAGAGGAAAAUGUAAUAGACUACUGGCGCAUAAUAACGUUAGAUGCAGAGCUGACCGGCAUAAUACUGGACAACUUCAUUGGAGCUGUGACCACAUCUUGCCUCUACGAGCAACAACACCAGGACAAACCACGUGAUGAUGCACAGAAAGCCGUCACGCUCAUGCCAUUUUCUAUUGUUUGUGUCUUCUACGAAAUUUUUAAAUGUCAGGACAUAAAAUCGGAACUAAAAGCAAGAUUCACGGAAAUCUUUUGUAUGCUUCUCUCGACGUUGGCCACUUACAUUAAUCUGCUUCCACCGUGUAAUCAUGUGAUUCCCCAGGAGGGUACCAAUGUUACCAUUCCGAAAAGUGUCAAACGCGGAAAGUCUAUCAUCAAGGAUGCGAGAAUGAAUCCGUGCCAGAUCGCUUUGGACACUUUCAAAACCUUCCUGGACACUUUGGAUAUGCAGCAGAUUUCAAACGUACUUUGCAUAUGCCCGGACUUGGCUUCUUGCACAGAUCUGAAUAGCUUCAUAGAAAUUCUAACGCCUUUAAGCGUUGCAACAGCUAGUGAGGUCGGUAUAAAUUCAACCACAAUGAAGCAAAUUGUUACCACAUUGAGUAAGUAUGUCAGCAGUCCUUACGAUACCCAAAGGAUUGCAUCCACCGGAUUCUAUUCGCAUCUCGUCCCAUUGAAACCCUGUGGCGAGAUAUCAUCGGUCAUCAUGCUGCAUCUGAAUUCGUCACUCAACGAUCCGAAUCCACUGGUACGAGGACUUAGCAUUAGAGGCAUGGCCUAUUUGUGCAAUCUCACCGAGCACGAUAUCGACAAGUACUCCGAAAUGUGCCUGACGGCGUUGCUCAAGGGAAUCGAUGACUACAACAAACACUGCUUCAUCAACAUCCCGCUGGAGAGCAUGCGGGGGCUUUCGAAAAUUCUCCAGAAGCUUCCACAGGACAAGUUCCAGAUGUUCCAGGUUUCGCUGGCCAUCCGGAUAAAACCGUUUUUCGAGAAUGCUUCAACGGAGUUGCGGGAAUCGGCCAUACUGUUGUUCGGGGAUCUUUGUCAUCAGAAAGCCACCCUAGCUCAGCAACAGCAGAUCAAUGGAUCUGCCGAUUCCGAUGAAACGCUAGUUUCGGAAUCUUUGAGGGAACAACUAAAGGGUAAUUUGUGUUCAUUGCUGUUGCAUUUGAGCGAAGAGAACAACCUUAUCGCAAGGGCUUGUAAAAUAACCCUGAAAAAUGUGUGUGCGCUACUGGAGACAACCAAGAUGAACCAGUUGGCACAAAACCACCUGUUGGAACAUGGGCAGUUGCAAUACGGGAAUUUCAUAAGAGACUUCGUAAAACAUAUUGGCGAAGAGCUACCAGAUUCUGUGAACGAUUUUAUUGAUGCCUGUCUUCCGUUCUUGCGAAGUCAGUGGCCGGAAAUACGGGGCAAUGCUACAAUAUUGAUAGGUUUACUGCACACCCAACACAAGUCGGCAUAUCCGAUGGACUCCGUGGGGCACAAAAUUUCCCUCCUACUAAAAGACGAAGAUGCCGGGGUCAAGACGAAAGCCGCCGAAGGGCUGGGUUACAUCUAUGGCGAAUGUUAAGAAAAAAAUGUCGACGUUUGAAACGUCGUCUGAUUAGUUAGGCUAUGGACCAGCUUUGUAUUUUUAUUGUUGUAUUUAUUCAAAUCACCAACCCAUAAGGUAGAAAAGUGCUUAAUCAAAUCGCUAUGCUUAAGAAAACAAGUCAGCUUAUUCGGAGAGCUCGUGAUACUGUUCUAGACAUGUACUGGUCAAUAUUUUAUACGGAUAAUGAACCAUUUAUUGAACAAAACAAA